GGAGUGGCAGCCGAAGUCUGAGCUGUCCUGGGGGACCAGACAGAAGCUUAAGAUGGGCUAGAACUGGGCGGGGAGAAGCACAGAGGCAUCGCAUCAGGCAGCCUAGGCAUGGCCAGCAGAAAGGCCAAGAAGAAGGAAGGGGGGGCCCUUCAUGCCCAGAGGGCAUCAUCCAAUGUCUUUUCCAACUUUGAGCAAACUCAGAUCCAGGAGUUCAAGGAGGCGUUCACGCUCAUGGAUCAGAACCGAGACGGCUUCAUUGACAAGGAGGACCUGAAGGACACCUAUGCCUCCCUGGGCAAGAUCAACGUCAAGGAUGACGAGCUGGACGCCAUGAUUAAGGAGGCCUCAGGGCCCAUCAACUUCACCAUGUUCCUGAACCUGUUUGGGGAGAAACUGAACGGUACGGACACCGAGGAGACCAUUCUAAAUGCCUUCAAGACGCUCGACCCCGAGGGCAAAGGCAGCAUCAACAAAGAAUACAUCAAACGUCUGCUGAUGUCCCAGGCUGACAAGAUGACCGCAGAUGAGGUCUACCAGAUGUUCCAGUUCGCCACCGUCGAUGCGGCCGGCAAUCUGGAUUACAAGGCGCUGAGCUACGUGAUCACCCAAGGAGAGGAAAAGGAGUGAGGGCCCCUCCGGGCG